UGAUAUAUUAGACGAACUGUCAGCCAGCGUACAGAAACUACCGCAGCCUUGGCUGCUUAUGUACGCUGAUGAUAUCGCACUGGUAGAUGGGGACAAAGGACGGCUCACCAGACGCGUGCACGCAUGGAGGGAGGCGCUUGAGAACGGCGGGCUGAAGCUAAAUGUGGCGAAGACGGAGUAUAUGGCCUGCAACAGCACAGAUCUGACGUCUCUCCGUAUAGGCGACGGACGACACCGUCGAGCGCACGGACAACUUCAGGAAAUUUUAACAGGUGCUGCCAACAUAUGUCUGGUUGGAGGUACGGAACUUAUGUCAUCCCUACCUUUGCUCGUCCGAAAUGUUAGAUUCGGUACGAGUCUUGGGACCGCAUACAAAUUGGAAGACCAUAUAAAGAAACAACUGGUGGACACCUUUUGUGGUCACAGUAUGGAGAAGAUAGCAGAACAAAUAGCAAAAAAGUAUAAAUUAUCAAGAGAAGCAGUCGACCAAUACACAUUGCUGAGCCAUAUUAAAUGGUCAUCAGCUCAAGAAGCGAAAGUAUUUGACGACGAAAUCACACCUACAUUUGCAAAAGUUGACAAAAAAGACGCGAUAGUAAGAGACGAAAAACCUAGAUCCAAUUUAUUGUUGGAAGAUUUGGCCACUUUGGCUCCGGUGAUGGACGAUGGAUCUAUUAUCACCUCUGGUAACUCUUCGGCACCAGCUGAUGGGGCCGCAGCUUUGAUUUUAGCUAAUGAAGAAUCAGUGAACAAAUUCAAAGUAACACCCAUGGCGAGGCUUACGGCCUGGGCUUGUGUCGGAGUUGAUCCCGUUGAAGCUGGCUUAGGAGCAGUCGUUGCUAUCCUAAAAUUACUUGCUGUUUCUAACAAGAAAAUUAAAGAUGUGGAUUUAUUUGAGAUAAACGAAACGUUCGCCUCACAAGCAAUAGCUAUAGUUAAGGAAUUGAGAAUAGACCCAAGCAAAGUAAAUGUGAAUGGCGGAGCCUUAUCGGUGGGAAAUCCUGUAGCGGCAACCGGCGCGAGAAUGGCAGCACAUUUGUCACAUCAAAUACGACGUAACAACGCCCGAAUAGCUGUUGCAGCUUCAAGCUGCGGAGGCGGUCAAGGAGUCGCUAUUUUAUUGGAAUCCUUAUAA